UUUUUUUUUUUUUCAGGGCGGGGGUGGGGCUUCUCAAAUCGAAAGGUGCAGACUUGAAAGAGCGAAAAAAAAAAAAGUUUACCGAACGGUGCACCCGUGAUAUUGCAUAACCCAGGGAGAGUGCAAGUUACUCCAAGAAGAAUUAAGCUAGGCUGUGCUGUGACGGCGAGGAGGGGUGUAGAAGAGUAACUGUGUGGUACAUCCUAGCGGCCGCUGACAGCAGUGCUGCCUGUCCUGCAGAGGGCUGAGCGGAAACUUCGAGCGCUGAGAGACUCGCUCGCUCACUCACUCGCACACGCUGCGCGCACAGAGCGAAAAGGCAAAGGAAGGCAACCGGCGCCUCGGCAAAAAGCUCCUUCGCGUCUCCCUCGAGCUCGUCACUUUCUUGGCUGCUUGUUUGACUCUUUUUGUCGGGGAUCUUAUUUAACGUGAUAGAGAAGAAGUGAUAUCAGGCUCGAUCAAACGGAUCAGAGAAUUUGGUGAGAGAGAGAGAGAGAGAAAGGGAGAGAGAGCCAAGGUGACGGCGCACUCUGCAGCAGCAGCCGCCGCGCACUGAAGGGGGAGAGAGAGAGAGAGAGGACCAGCUGACCCGUACCGGCCCUACCUUUGACGUGCUGGCUGCUAUUGUUUCCCAUACUUUUUAUUGUUCUUUUUUUUUUUUAAGGAGAGUGGAACUCUCGAAGAACUCCAAUGACCGACAGGAUGACAAGCUCUAAAAAGUUAUUUGCAUCAAUCCUUUCGCUACAAGAAAAGAAGACGAGCCAAACUGAAGCCCCCAGGACCUGUUUUGCCGUAGGACUAGAGGAAACAGGCUAUCGGAUGCAAACAGAUCGCGAGUAAAAAACAAAAAAAAAAAAAAGAAAGAAAGUAAAAACAAAAAGUAUCCGCGGAUCACGUCAAAACUUUUUUUUUCUGCAAUUAUUUCUGUGCUUCGGAAGAAACGAUCUUCUUUGUAGAGGAAAUUUGUUUACAGAAACAGAAAAGAAAAAAAAAAUCCGUGUACUUCUAGACAUUCUCUGCAAAGCACCCGAAACAACCUAACGCCAAAACAAUCUCCGGGAAGAAAAGAAAUUAUUUUAAAGUUGUAACAACCAAAAGAAGAGAAAAAAAAACAUUUUUUUUUUGUCUAUAAAAAUGAUUCUCAAAAGAUGGCACGUGGAACAACACACGAGAAAGAAGAAAUACUGUUAGAAAUUAAACCCCUACAUAAAGUAAAAUAAAGAGACCAAAAAAAAAAACAGCAGCGCGACAGAAAAGAAAGGAAAGAGCCUGACCUUCUCUAAAGUGAAGACUCUAUGCUGUGUGUGAAAUGCAGUAUUUGCAGUGGUGUUGGAAGAGGUGGAUAUAGAGGAGCGGAGACAGAUAGUUUGGAGAGUGAAGCAGCUAAUUGCUGAGUCCAUCCCUCAUUUCCAUAUCCACUGUGUGUCCGCUGGACCCCAGCCAAUCCCCUCUCACACCACCAUUAAUCGCAAUGCAUUAUUCACUAUCAUAAUUAUAUACCGACAUGCGCAAUCCACACAACAGCAACACCAGCUAAUUUCCGUAAUUUUGCAACUCGACUAUUUGUGAACAUUUUUUUAUUUGCUCGCUGCUGAUGUAUCUGCAAAAAGCAGAAACAAGUCACAGCUCCCCAGCAGCAGCAUGUCGCGUCGCAAGCAAGCCAAGCCACAGCAUCUCAAGUCGGACGAAGAGCCAUCUCUGGCUGAGGUACUUUCUGAAAAUGCACCCUCAGGGGAAGGAGUGGAUGAUGCAGACAGUGGGAACGAGAGCAGAAGUGGCAGUGAAGAAACGCACGUCUGUGAAAAGUGCUGCGCUGAGUUCUUCAAGUGGCCCGACUUCCUGGAGCAUCAGAAGAACUGCACCAAAAACCCCCUGGUGCUGAUUGUGAACGAGGACGAGGCCACCCCAGAAACGGAAGAGUUCCCAGCCGAGCCAUCGCCGACUCCGAGUUGCACGAGCGACCCCGCCGAAAGCGAGGUGGCGGAAGAAGCAAGCGUGACCGCAGAAGGAAACGAAAGUUCUGAGGUAGUAAAGACAAACGAAACGGAAGAUGAGCCCAUGGAGGUCGUAGCCUCCCCUGAAAAAGCAACAUACCAGGAUCCAGUUCCUAGCGAACCUGCUGCUUCUCUACCUCAGAUACCUCAUCCACCUUCCAUGACAAACUAUACCAUGCCAAACACUAAUGUGACUUUAGAGACAUUACAGAGCACUAGAGUAGCAGUUGCCCAGUUUUCCCAGAGCACCAGAUCAGGAGCGAGCUCGGGGGUGACCACAAUGGCCAUCCCCAUGAUACUUGAUCAGCUAAUGGCCCUUCAGCAGCAACAGAUUCACCAGUUGCAGCUCAUUGAACAGAUCCGCAGCCAGGUGUCCAUGAUGAAUCGACAGCCCAUGCAGUCAUCUCUAAGUACGCCUUCUGCUUCCCAAGGGGCUUCUGUGACAGCCACCAGUCAGCUGCAACUCCCAAGCUUCAUUGCUCCCCCGCUGCAUCAGUUGCCAGCUGUAGUGCCGUCAGCUGUUCCGGGACAGAGUCCUAGUUCCAUCCAGUCAGUUAUGGAGAACACUCAGCAGCAGGUCUCACAACCCGUCCCUGGCUCAACUAACCAAGUCAAGGCGCCUAAUACGGCUCUCCCGGUUGAGUCGAGCUUGCCUCCGUCCACCUGUAAUAUAGUACCCUCCCUAGUGACCCCCUGCACCAUCACCAGUACUAAUAACAGCUCGUCACAGCCAAGAAAUGCUUCGACUCCUCCUGCAAUUGGACACGGAAGCCUCCUCAGCCCAUCUUCCAGCUUGCCACUACUACCUCAGAGCUCCUCAAGUAGUGUCAUCUUCCCUAAUCCUUUAGUCAGCAUCGCCGCAACCGCCAAUGCACUGGAUCCCCUCUCGGCACUCAUGAAGCACCGCAAGGGAAAGCCACCCAACGUGUCAGUUUUUGACACAAAGCCCAGCUCCGAAGACCCGUUCUUCAAGCAUAAAUGCAGAUUCUGCGCCAAGGUCUUUGGAAGCGACAGCGCUUUGCAGAUCCACCUGCGCUCUCAUACUGGGGAGAGGCCCUUUAAGUGUAACAUUUGCGGAAACCGGUUUUCCACCAAGGGCAAUUUGAAAGUUCACUUCCAGAGACAUAAAGAGAAAUAUCCUCACAUUCAGAUGAAUCCCUACCCAGUACCAGAAUACCUCGAUAACGUACCUACUAGCUCUGGCAUCCCUUACGGGAUGUCUUUGCCUCCUGAAAAACCAGUGACCACGUGGCUGGAUAGCAAGCCUGUCCUACCAACCGUUUCAAACUCUGUCGGACUUCAUUUGCCCCCCACUAUUCCAGGGGUAGGCAGUUACAGUGACUCUCCAAGUAUCACUCCUUUAAGCAGAUCACCACAAAGGCCCUCUCCUGCUUCAAGUGAAUGUGCUUCUUUGUCUCCAAAUCUUAAUAACGCAGAAUCGAUUGCUCCAGUCAUGUCCGAAUCCCCACAGCCAGUCCCUGUAAGCGCGCCACUUCCUCCUGUCCUGAAAACCGAGGGAAUACAGUUACCCGCUAGCUGCUCGGCAAAGACAGGGGACAACGUCACCACGGCAGCUCCGGGAAUUUUGUCAUCUGCUGUUACAACUACGAUGGCUACUAGUACUUCGAUGGCACUUAUCACAGAGCCCAGCACCCCACCCACAAGCCUCUCCAACUCUAUACUUCCGGUAGCUUCUGAUCAGUUCAAGGCAAAGUUCCCAUUCGGUGGUCUGCUAGACUCUAUGCAAACCUCAGAAACCUCCAAGCUGCAGCAGCUGGUGGAAAACAUUGACAAAAAAAUGACCGACCCAAAUCAGUGUCUCAUCUGUCACCGCGUGCUCAGUUGUCAGAGUGCCUUGAAGAUGCACUACCGUAUUCACACGGGAGAAAGGCCCUUUAAAUGUAAAAUCUGCGGCCGUGCCUUUACCACCAAAGGCAACCUGAAAACACACUUUGGGGUUCACCGAGCGAAACCACCGCUGAGGGUCCAGCACUCGUGUCCUAUCUGCCAGAAGAAGUUUACGAACGCGGUUGUGUUACAGCAACAUAUUCGCAUGCACAUGGGCGGGCAGAUUCCAAACACGCCUUUGCCAGAAGGCUUCCAGGACAGCAUGGAUACAGACUUGUCAUUUGACGAAAAGAGCAUCGAUGCAAUGAGCAAUUACGAUGACGAGAACAUGGACGAGAACUCCAUGGAAGAAGACGUGGAUCUGAAGGAAAUGGAAAGCGAUUCUUUCAAGCCCCUCCUGUCUUAUUCGACCUCCUCACCCAAUUCUCCACCUUCUGUGAUUUCCAGCAUCACCGCUCUGGAGAACCAGAUGAAAAUGAUAGACUCCACUAUGGGCCUGCACCAUCCUUUUGGACUGAAAUCCAUCGAAAACGGAUGCUUAGAGAGCGAUCACUUAACGAAUGACUCUUCGUCGGCUGUGGGAGACCUGGAGAGCCAGAGUGCCGGAAGCCCAGCAAUGUCCGAGUCCUCUAACUCCAUGCAAGCUCUGUCUCCGGCUCAUAGCAAUUCUGAGAGUCAUCGGUCCAAGUCCCCAGUGUUCAACAGUCAAGAAGAAAUACAAGAAACCCUUGCGAUCGUUAAGUCAGAAAAAGCUGAUAGCCUUUCACCUGCACCUGAGAAUGGAGGCGCAUUAGAUCUGACAGCCACCCACCCCGGCAGACCCAUCAUCAAAGAGGAGGCUCCCUUUAGCAUGGUGUUCCUCAGCAGAGAACGUGGUCCAAGCCAAAGUACUCCUAGCCUGGUCACCAGCACAGCGCCCAGCAUGAUCAAAAUUGAAGUGAAUGGUCACAGCAAGCCGAUCUCCCUAAGUGAGGGCCCACUCCUUCCGGUUGGUAUCCAGGUUCCAGCUGCACCCCAGACAGCGAUGAGCCCAGGUAUCGCCCCUAUGCUGGCACCUCCGCCACCUCGUCGGACACCCAAGCAACACAACUGUAACUCCUGUGGAAAGAACUUCUCCUCAGCAAGUGCUCUGCAGAUCCAUGAACGCACUCACACGGGUGAAAAACCUUUUGGUUGCUCAAUCUGUGGUAGAGCUUUUACCACUAAAGGAAAUCUUAAGGUUCACAUGGGAACUCACAUGUGGAAUAACGCUCCUGCCAGACGAGGGCGAAGGCUGUCAGUUGAGAACCCGAUGGCGCUGCUAGGUGGCGAUGCUAUGAAGUUUACUGAGAUAUUUCAAAAGGAUCUGGCGGCCAGGGCCAUGAAUGUUGACCCAAGCUUCUGGAAUCAGUACGCUGCAGCAAUCACUAAUGGUUUGGCUAUGAAGAACAAUGAGAUAUCUGUUAUUCAGAAUGGAGGUAUCCCCCAACUUCCUGUCAGUUUAGGUGGUGGGAGUAUUCCUUCUUUAACUAACCUGACAAGUGGAAUGGAGAGGGCACGCACUGGUAGCAGCCCACCCAUGACUAGCUUGGACAAAACAAGUAUAGACGUUGGAGUAAAUCGUCCAUUUUCUAGAUUUAUUGAAGACAACAAAGAGAUUGGUAUAAACUGAACAGACUCAAAAUGAACAAAAGCUGUUGGAUCAAGUCUAACUCUACAUUCUUGUACUAUAUUAUGUACAGUGUUUCUUGUUUUAUUUUUAUUAUAGUAUUCUGUAUUUGUUAGCAAAAUGAUCUCACUUAAUAAUUCAGUUUGUUUCCUUGCUACUUUAACUCAUACCAAGAAUAAAUUAUUUCUUGGCUGAGAUUCA